AUGCCUUUCGAAGCACGGGUUAAGUCCGUCCUGUCCGGCGACACCGUGGUGCUGUCGCAUGUCACCAAUCCGUCACAAGAACGCGUCUUAAGCUUGGCUUAUGUCUCUGCUCCGAGAUUAAGGAGAGAUGGUGAUGAGGCCUACGCCUUCCAAUCCCGCGAAUUCCUCCGUGAGCUCCUUGUCGGCAAAGUCGUCCAGUUCCACGUUGUAUACACUAUCCCCACCGGUGCCAAGCGUGACUACGGUAUCAUCAAGCUGCCCGGAUUCGACGCAUCAUUGCCCGAUAUCAGUGUGCAGGAGGGUUGGACACGGGUUCGUGAAGAAGCCGGCAAGCGGUCAGAUGAGUCUGAAGAGACCAUUGCGCUCUUGGAACGCCUGCGGGCAUUGGAGUCCCUCGCUCGGGAGGAAGGCAAGGGAACCUGGGCUGGUGGCAACAAAGGCGAGAUCGAGACUACCUACGAAUUGACUGGUGCCCGGGAUCUGGUCAAGCGCAACUUGGGCCAGCAACUGGAGGGCAUCAUCGAGAAGGUCCUCAACGGCGACCGUAUUAUCCUGCGUUUGUUACUCAAGCCGCAGGAACACCUUCAGACUGUUGUUGCCAUUGCUGGUGUCCGGGCUCCGUCUGCCAAGCGCACAACCGCUGAUGGCAAAGAGACGGCAGCUGAGCCAUUCGGUGAUGAAGCACAGGAGUUCGUCGAGUCACGGCUCUUGCAGCGCAAGGUUAAGGUUUCCCUGCUCGGUGUUACACCGCAGGGCCAGAUUGUUGCCACUGUCCUCCACCCCAAUGGCAACAUUGCACGAUUCCUCCUUGAGGCUGGUCUGGCCCGCUGCCAGGACCACCACUCCACCCUUUUGGGUCCCGACAUGGCCCUUCUCCGCCAGGCAGAACUCACAGCCAAGAAUGAUCGCAAGGGACUGUGGGUUAGCCACACUGGUUCCACCACUGCCGGUGCCGCCGCUGUGGACUACCUUGUCACCCGUGUUUUGAACGCUGAUACCCUUUUCAUCCGGAACAAGGCCGGCCAGGAGAAGAAGAUCAGCCUUGCUAGCAUUCGUCAACCUAAGCCCUCUGACCCCAAGCAGGCUCCGUUUGCCGCUGACGCUAAGGAGUACCUGCGCAAGCGCGUGAUCGCCAAGCAUGUUAUGGUCACCGUGAACGGCAAGAAGCCCGCCACCGAGGGAUACGAAGAGCGCGAGGUCGCUACUGUUGUCCAAAACGGUACCAACAUUGCCGUGGCCCUUGUGCAAGCCGGUUACUCCUCUGUGAUUCGCCACCGUAUGGAUGACACCGACCGAUCCCCCGAUUACGAUGCGCUGCUCGCUGCUGAGGCCGACGCCCAGAAGGAAGGCCGUGGAAUGUGGUCUGCUAAGCCUCCCAAGGCGAAGCAAAUUGUCGAUUACUCGGAGAGUGUCCAAAAGGCCAAGCUGGAGCUUGGUGUCCUGCAGCGCCAAAAGCGUGUCCCGGCCGUUGUAGACUUUGUCAAGUCUGGCUCUCGCUUCACUGUCCUUAUCCCCCGCGAGAACGCCAAAUUAACUCUCGUUCUUUCCGGUAUCCGUUGCCCUCGCUCUGCCCGCGGACCCAGCGACGCUGGUGAGCCUUUCGGUCAGGAGGCUCACGAUCUCGCCAACCGCCGCUGCAUGCAGCGUGAUGUUGAGAUUGACGUCGAGACCAUUGACAAGGUUGGUGGUUUCAUCGGCAGCCUCUACGUCAACAAGGAGAACUUCACCAAGGUCCUUCUGGAGGAGGGUCUGGCCACCGUCCACGCAUACUCGGCUGAGCAGUCUGGUCACGCCACGGAGUACUUCGCUGCUGAACAGCGCGCCAAGGAAAGCCGCAAGGGGCUGUGGCACGAUUGGGACCCUACUAAGGAGGCUGCAGAGGCUGAAGAGGCCGAGGCCGCAAACACCACCGGCGCUGAGAGCGAUGCCGCUCCCGCACAGCGUCGCAAGGAUUACCGCGACGUGAUGGUCACCUACAUCGACCCUGCUUCUGCCAAACUCAAGCUGCAACAGAUUGGCACUGGUACCAACGCACUCACCGAAUUGAUGAGCGCUUUCCGCUCAUUCCACUUGAACAAGGCAAACGAUACCCCGCUGCCCGGCCCACCCAAGGCCGGCGACUGGGUUGCCGCCAAAUUCACUGAAGACGGCGCCUGGUACCGCGCCAAGAUCCGCCGGAACGACCGCGAGAAGGAACAGGCCGAGGUUGUCUACGUCGACUACGGCAACUCCGAGACCCAGCCAUGGAAGGCACUUCGCCCUCUCACCCAGCCUCAGUUCUCCGGCCAGACCCUCCGCCCCCAGGCCGUUGAUGCAGUCCUCUCUCUCCUACAGUUCCCAACCUCCGAGGACUACCUCGAGGAUGCCGUUGGGUUCAUCGGCGAUCAGACCUUCGACCGCCAGCUCGUCGCAAACGUUGACCACGUUGACCAGGACGGUACCCUUCACGUCACUCUUCUCGACCCCACUGUUUCCAAAAACCUGGACAACAGCAUCAAUGCCGACAUCAUCCAAGAGGGUCUGGCUAUGGUGCCCCGCAAGCUGAAGGCUUGGGAGCGUGCCUCCGUCGAUACCCUGGCCACCUUGCGGACACUCGAGGACGAGGCUAAGGCCGAGCGCCGGGGUAUCUGGGAGUACGGUGAUCUUACCGAGGACUAA